UAUAACGGAAAUCGUAUAUAUAAUGUGUAGGAGGGCUAGGAUUAGAGCUACUUCUCAGAGACAACGACAUUGAUCAGGAAGCACCAUGGUAAAGAAGUUGCUUGUAGAUGUAGACUGUGGAGUGGAUGAUGCCCAAGCUAUCAUGAUGGCGCUGGCUGUGCCGGAUGUGCAGAUCCUGGGUAUCACCUGUGUUCAAGGCAAUACCUCCGUAGAGAAUGUGUGCAAAAACGUCCUGCGAGUCCUACAAGCUUGUGACCGCAUGGAGAUUCCUGUAUUCAAAGGGAUAUCAAAGCCAAUUCUUGGGCAUGUUCUAAGUGCUUCGCUGUUUCAUGGACAUGAUGGGCUUGGUGAUGCUCCAGACCCAAACGCUCCUGGUUUGGAAUUAGUACAGAAGGAGGGAGCCGUUUCAGCCAUCAUCCGCAUCAUUAAUGAGCAUCCAGGAGAGGUAUCUAUAGUGGCUACAGCUCCUUUGACAAACCUAGCACUGGCAGUAAAGUUGGAUCCUACGUUGCCGCAGAAGGUGAAAGGCCUGUAUCUCAUGGGAGGCAACACAGAUUCUAGGGGGAACACUACUGUAUGUGGAGAAUUCAACUUUGCAGCAGACCCUGAAGCAGCAUAUACUGUGUUGAAUGAUUAUCUGUGUCCCACUUACAUCGCCUGCUGGGAGUUCACUUGCCUCAACAAAUUGCCCUGGGAGUUCUGUGACGUUUGGCUAGCUCAGGAUACUGCUAAAUCUCGGUUCAUGAAGAAGAUCUUCCAGAACAGCAUGGACAUGAGGAACAAUGAGAGGAUCUGCAAAGAGCUAAUAUUAGGACCAGGAUUUGUUCCUUGCGAUUCUUUUGCCAUGGCAGCUGCCAUCGAUGACACCUUUAUCAUCGAGAGUGACCAUAGGGCUGUGACUGUAGAGCUCACUGGUAAACAUACUAGGGCAAUGAUGGUGGUAGAUUACCUUGAUGUUCUGAACACGACUCAUAAAGCUUACAUUAUGAAGAAGGUGGACUUAGAAAAGUUUAAAGAGCUGUUGAUGAAUGCUUUGAAAUGA